AUGGCAGGCAGUGCUUGUUGGAGCCAGGGCAAAGCCGUCUUCCGGGCCUGGGAAAGUGAACCUUGCUCUGGGAGUGGAGGCGGCGGCGCCUGGCUGGUACUCACACAGGAGCAGCACGUGCAUAGCGCGGCGCGGGGGCCAAGUGUUAGGGCAGGGUCGAGAGUCCCUAUCUGGUUACUCUUGAGCUUCUCCAAUUCCUUUUCUCUCUUUGUUUUUCCAGUCUGUGUUUCAUAUCUGGGAAGAUUUUACCAGGACCUCAAAGACAGAGAUGUCACAUUCUCACCAGCUACUAUUGAAAAAGAACUUAUAAAGUUUUGCCGGGAAGCAAGAGGCAAAGAGAAUCGGUUGUGCUACUACAUUGGGGCCACAGAUGAUGCAGCCACCAAGAUCAUUAACGAGGUGUCAAAGCCCCUGGCCGCCCACAUCCCUGUGGAGAAGAUCUGUGAGAAGCUGAAGAAGAAGGACAGCCAGAUCUGCGAGCUGAAGUAUGACAAGCACAUUGACCUGAGCACCGCGGACCUGAAGAAACUCCGGGUGAAAGAGCUGAAGAAGAUUCUGGAUGACUGGGGAGAGAUGUGCAAAGGCUGUGCGGAAAAGUCUGACUACAUCCGGAAGAUAAACGAACUGAUGCCUAAAUAUGCCCCCAAGGCAGCCAGCGCUCGGACUGAUUUGUAGUCUACCCAAUCUCUGCUGCACCUGAGGGGGGAAACAGCUGGCUCCCCCCCACCCCCACCCCCCAAAAAAAGCCUUUUUGUAAUUUAUUUUUUAAGCGGGCUCCUGACAAUACAGAUGUGAAGCCUA